AUGGACCGAUCAACAAGCAGAAUCUGGCAGUUGGGUGAACUCUUAUGGAGCCUUUCUGGUCGGCUGGAUGGCAGUGCCCAGCAGGCUGAGUGGCCGUUCCUACGCGACAUCCUGUUGUGGCUCUAUGAGAAGUUCCCCACCCGCAGAGCUCAGCUUCGAGGUGUCAUUGGCAGGCAGAGGGAGCGGCAUGGGGGAGGGAAGCCCCUAAAGUCUGCUGGCCGCUUUGUGCACAAGUCAGCGCCCUUGGCACCACUACUGCAGGUCUUGGGGCCAAUCAUUAGAGGCUUCCAGACGCCCUUGGGGGGAGGCUUGGCUUGCCGCGACAAGUUGAGGCUGUUGGUUUUAGAGAAGGAACCCAGGCUCAGUGGCAGGUCGGUGGAGGCUCUUUGUGGCUAUCUUCCACAGUCUCACGAGUCGAAUACUCCCAAAGAGGUCCUGGUGAUUCACGAGCUGGCUGAAAUCAUGAAGGUCAUGCAGCCGGAAGACCUCAAGGGUUGCAUGCAGGGGAGCCAAGAACGAGUGGACAAUGCACAUCAAAGGCACAUGGUCCGUCUCUUCACCUCCCAGAAUGCCCAGACCUUACAGUCGGUGCUGCAGCUCUGGAAGGACGGAGAAGACCUGGUGGAAGGAUGUUGA